AUGAAGAUGACGGUGCGGAGAUUCAAAGAGCACCUGUUGCGCUGGAGAUUGACUUGGGCGCCGCUUUUUGGGAUGCAGAAAAGCGUCUGUUGCAACGUGUUUGUUCGUGAUGUAAUGGAAAAGAAUAAAACUAGAACAACUACCUACGACGUGCUUGGUUCUUUCUAUUCACGACCUAAUUUUUUUACUGUUUCAUUGCAUUCGUGUUUAAUUGCGAACGUGUCUGGGAGUUUAUUUACAGCCUAUUGCUGUUGCUGUUCCAUUGCAUUCGUGUUUUUUCCUGUAUGCUUUCGUUAGUAGAAUCGUGCUGGGUUCUACGGCGGCACUCUGUUGAUUUUGCGAUGUUUGCUGUAUCAAAUUCGUUUUAUCAUUCACGACGCUACUGCACGUUUUUUACACGAUGAUGCCAGCACCUUUCUACAAAGUAAACACGGUCUUACGCUAGAAAAAUGCAAAAAUCACCAAAAAAUCACUGUGUUCGAAUAAUCGUCUUUGUGCCGGUAUGUUUUCUUUGUCGAAAUCGACUGCCAAGGAUCCAUCCCACGAAUUCUUUCCUGCAUGCUAUGAUGGCAAAAUUGGUGCGCAGUAUUUGCUUUGUUGUUAACUCGUCAAACCGUUAGAAACCGCUGGUGCGUAGCAGCCAAAAUCUACUGAAGAAAUCACAUGUGUAGCUGUGGAAAAAGUUUGAAUGCAAGAGGACAACGCCUUCCUCCUUUCCAUACCUAUUCCAAGGG